AUGGCACUGCCCAUCUACAUCUACGCCAUCCUCGUGCUCGCCGUAGCCCUUGCAGUCGAAAAACUGAUCAAAUCUAGAAAGCCGCUGCCGAGCGGCUAUCGUCGAGUUCCUGGGCCGAAGGGCUUGCCGUUGAUAGGGAAUACACUGCAGAUGGCGAGAAAUCCCCGCCCGCAACAGCAGGUGAGGGAUUGGGCAGAUCAGUACGGAGAGCUGUUUAUGAUCCAGAUGGGGUAUGAGAACUGGGUGUUUUUGAACAGUCCCGAGGCGGUCAAGGAGAUCCUGGAUAAGCAGUCUGCCAUAACGUCGUCGCGAGUGCCGAGCCCCGUCCUUAUGGACCUGGUCUCGGGCGGGAUGCGGUUCUUGCUCAUGCCGUACAGUGCGCCGUGGCGGAAGAUGCGCGGGAUCGUGCACCAGCUGCUGACGCCGCGCAUGUCCGGGACGUUUGUGCCGAGUCAGGAGUUUGAGGCGAAGCAGCUCGUCUUCGAUUGUCUGACGGAUAAUGAAACCGGCAUGGACUUCUAUCAGCAUGUUAGGAGGUAUACCACCAGUGUGGUCAUGACGAGUACUUAUGGAAGGAGGAUUCCGAAAUGGGAUUGCGAUGAUAUCAAGCAGAUCUAUGGCGUGAUGGAGGACUUCUCCAAGACCUCUGCACCAGGCUACUUCCUCGCGGACACCUUCCCGCCUCUUGCCAAGCUCCCGGUAUUCAUGCAAAGCUGGCGCAAAGAAGCCGCCGUAUACUACGAAAGGCAGUGCAACAUUUGGAUGCACUACUGGUCCACGCUCUCCUCGCAGAUCGCCACUGGCGACGCCCCGGCCUGUUUCGUGAAGCAGUUCAAAGACACCGGAUACGAGAAGAUGAACAUUAGCGAGAUGCAGGGCGCAUUCGUGGCCGGAACCAUGAUCGAGGCGGGAUCGGAAACGACUUCGGCGGCACUGAAUAUUGCGCUGCUACAUCUGGCGGCGUUCCCACAGAAAGCCAGAGCGGCCCAGGAAGAGAUCGACCGUGUCGUCGGGCCCAAGAGAUGUCCUUCCUUCGUCGACGAAGACCAGCUGCCGUAUAUCCGCGCCAUCGCGAAGGAAGUACUCCGGAUGUUUCCAACUACCACCUUUGGAAUCCCGCACUACACGGAUGACGACGUGAAGUACAAGGACUUCAUCAUCCCGAAGGGCACCGUAGUCGUCAUAAACCAGCAAAAACUGCACUAUGAUCCCCAGCGCUGGGAGAACCCGUUCGAGUUUCAGCCCGAGCGGUUUCUUUCCUACCCGCUGAAGGCGGGGGCGUACACUGCCAUGGCGGAUGCGAGUAAACGGGACCAUUUCUCGUUUGGAGCUGGCCGAAGAAUCUGCCCGGGCAUGCAUCUUGCCGAAAACUCGCUGUUCAUCACGCUGGCGAGUCUGCUGUGGGCGUUCCACAUUCUGCCGCCGUUGGAUGAGAGCGGAAGGGAGGUCCCCGUUGAUACCAGCGAGGACGCGUUUCUGCUCGGCAGCGGGAUUCUGGCGAAGCCGUUCAGGCUAAGGUUGCUGCCAAGGAGUGAAGAGAUUGAGGGUACGAUUAGGAGUGAGUGGGAGAUGGCGAGGAAGGAGGGGUUUGUGCUCGGCGGUAAUAGAGUUAUGGUUGAUGGCGUUUUCUGCGUAGGGUGUGUUAUGUAG